UCUUGUUUUAUGUGUGGCCCACAGAGGUUGGCCAAUUGAAAAUCUUCAAAAAUACGAUACGAUCGGGCCACAUAUAUUCUCCUUUUAAAUGGUGCUCGGGGUCACAUGUAAUACUUUAUUUUAUCAUUUUUGACAUAACUUUCACUACCACCGCUUCAUUAAAGUAGAUAACUUCCAAACAUCUAUAGUUUAUAACACAUGGUCAUGAUAAUUCGUUUUGUAAAAAAGCAUACAUCAUUCCUUGUGUAUGUUCCUCUAGACUAUUGGUUUGUCAUGACCCUAUUAUUCUCAAGGUGAUUAACCUUAAGACAAAACUCAAGAGGGAAACAAGUUAAAAUCCUUAUACCGUUUCUACUUUCUUGGCAUAUCCUUGGACGGACAUGCAUAGCCCCAUGAAGAUCUCGUCGUCUUCAUAUUGGAGAAAGGAAAGGUUGGGCCCGGAGUUAUGCAUUUCAAAUGUUUCUUUCCUGGGUUUCGACAAUAUCAAUAGAAAAUGAUUGCCCAGAAGAUAACAGGCUGCUUCUCUCAAGAGUCAAGACUACAAGCGAUAUGAUAUUUCUGGUCAAUUACAUUGGCCCCCUUAAGUCUUAAGAGAAGUAUUAGCCUCGGGGUUCCGUCAUUGUUUGACCCUACGCGUUGACAUGACAGCGCAAACAUAUCUUCUGCCAUCAGAUCACGCACCUGACUGUCUGCUGAAACGCUGCUAUCCGAUUUUUAUUUCUAUGUUCCAUCUCUGCAGCUCUCCAUCGUCUUGUCGAUUACAGAACGUUUUACCUUCUUUGGUUGAUUAUCUGGAUCGGUCAGAUCGUGGAAGGAUCUCCAACUUCUGUUUUUCCAUUGAUGUUGCUAUUUUUAUCCUCUUAUUGGUGUCGGCUCUCCGUAUGUUUACACUGAGCGCCAAAGAAGAGGAACAAAUAAAUAGCAAUCAUAAGUUGGAGAUUCUUCUGGAAGAUCAAACUCACCGGAUAAUCAAGGAAAGAAGCUUCAGUCGUCCAAGCAGGCUGUAACCAGCAACAAGGGGAAGGAGAAAAUGAUUGAGUUACCAGCUAAAGGGACCGAUAUGUGGGAGUUGCCAUUGAGAUACAACAAUAAAGGGAUUACUAUCGGCUCCCCACCAAGACCCCCACCUCAAGUCCAUGAAAAUCCCAUGAUUUCCAAAUCUAAAGAUCAAUCAUCUACAGAUAUGAGGACAGGAAUACAAAAACGAAAGAGGAGAAAUAAGCAGCAAAAUGUUGUUGAACUUGAACCUUCGUGUUGGAACAGGAUUUGUCCACAAGAUGUGGUUGACGCUGGAAUACAUCUGAAUCCAGCUAAAAAGAAGCAUUCUGUUUGGUUCAGUUUAACUCCUUCCUGUGAUCAGAACAGAAAGAACACUCUGCAACUCCUAGUGGAACCAUACAUACAGAUAAUCAUGGAGGGGAACUGUAAUCCAGAUGUGUCUAUUCUCAUGAAGUAUAUCGUGUUGCAACUUAAGCAUGUUUGCCAACAGGAGGUUGGUAUCUUCUUGAAUGGGAAACUUCUUGCCCCGGAAAUGAAGCUACUUGAUGUUUUGAAGCAGUGGAUGGCUAUUGUCGAUUUAGAGAGGAAAAUAACCAAGAUAGGAAGUUCUGCCGAGAACUUCUGUGUGAAGCUGACUUAUGCUCGAAGAGAAUAGACAAAAGUAUGCAUUUAUAAUAAAAUCCGACAAAUGUUUAUUCCUUAAUUAUGCCAUUUAACCGAUUGACUUUUACAAUUUCUUGGUUAAUGCUGAUGGAAUGAAUUAAUUAGCUGGUUCCGUAGU